UCUCUCUCUCUCUCCAUCCCUCUGUAUAUGUAUCUGUUUCUGUGCUCUGCUUCUCCCAACAACAUCAAGACAUCCCCAAAUUGAAAUUUGUCUCUUCCCCCAUCAAAACUAUCAAAUCGAGAUUCGCGUUUUCCAGAUCAAGCAAUUUCGGUGGAAUAUAAACCACCAAAAAAAACCACAUCCCCAUGUUAUUCAUCGAGGAUCUUCUGCCCCUGCUCUGCUCUUCUGGUUUCCGAGAAAAAGCUCGGUUUUUCAAAGAGUCGCUUUUGCAGUCCAUGGCCAACACGAGCUGCGAUAGCUCCGAGCUCGAGGCCGCCUGCCGCGAUGAGUCAUCGGCGCUCGUCCUCAAAUUCAUCGCCGUCGUUUCGAUUCUCAUCGCCGGAGUCGUCGGGGUAGCCAUUCCCCUCGUAGGAAAAAACCGCCGGUUUCUCCGGACCGACAGCAGCCUCUUUGUCGCGGCCAAAGCCUUCGCGGCCGGCGUCAUUCUGGCGACCGGGUUCGUGCACAUGCUUAAUGGCGGGUCGGAAGCGUUGAACAACCCGUGUUUACCCGAAUUCCCGUGGGCCAAGUUUCCGUUCUCGGGCUUUUUCGCCAUGAUGGCCUCGCUUGCCACGUUGCUCGUUGACUUUGUGGCGACGCAGUAUUACGAGAGGAAACAGGGGCUGGCCCGGCCCAUCAAAGACCAGGGCCGGGUCCGGGUCGGAGCGGAUGUACCAGAAAUUGAGGCGGGUGUGGGUCCGGGGCAGCCCGCAAAUGACCGGAAUGGGAAGGUGUUUGGGGAAGAGGAAGGCGGUGGGAUGCACAUUGUGGGAAUGCAUGCGCACGCGGCGCACCAUAGACACAGCCACCAGCAUGGGCAGGCCGCGUGUGACGGCCACGUGGCGCUGGAACCCGAACUUGAAUACGGGCACGAUCACGGGCACGGGCAUUCUCACGGGUUCGGUGAUGCUGACGAGGAUAGUGGUGCUCGGCACGUCGUCGUUUCUCAGAUUUUGGAACUUGGGAUUGUAUCACAUUCUGUCAUCAUCGGCCUAUCUCUGGGAGUUUCACAGAGCACAUGCACCAUAAGACCCUUAAUUGCAGCACUCUCCUUCCACCAGUUCUUUGAAGGCUUUGCACUUGGAGGCUGCAUAUCUCAAGCCCAGAUCAAGACCCUCUCAGCAACUCUCAUGGCCUGUUUUUUUGCCAUCACAACUCCCCUCGGGAUCGGCGUUGGGACGGCCAUUUCUUCAUUUUACAACCCAUACAGCACAGGAGCUUUGAUAACUGAAGGCAUCUUGGAUUCCCUGUCUGCUGGCAUUCUGGUGUACAUGGCCUUGGUGGACCUCAUUGCUGCUGAUUUCUUGAGUAAGAGGAUGAGCUGCAAUUUUAGGCUCCAAGUUGUAUCUUAUUGCUGUCUCUUUGUUGGAGCUGGAUUGAUGUCCUUGCUUGCGAUUUGGGCUUGAUUUUCUUUCCCCCUUUUCUAUUUUUCUCGUGUUUAUGUUCAAUGUUUAGUAUUACUAGUAACAAGGGAAAAUCAAAUUCUUUCCGCUUGGUUGCUAAGAGAGUAGUUGACAAGUUGUAGUCUUUUAGAUUGGGAUGCCUCCAAUAUAUUUUAUAAAAUCUCCAACACCCUUUUCACCCA